AUGGCGGACGGAUUCACAAUACCUGUUAAGUUCUGGAGGAAAAGCUUAGAGGAAGAGAUUUCCGCUCCUUCUUGUUCCGUUACCCCAACUCCGGCGCCGGUUGUAGAUCUGGCGUCGGAAUCUGGCGAGUCUCAACCGGAUCUGGGUUAUCUUUUAGAAGCUUCUGAUGAUGAGUUCGGUUUACCGCCUUCUAAUUCUGGUGAAGAUGUUUUGAAGGAAGAAGAGACUGAGUUGGUCCGAGUUGAGUCUGGUUCUUCUGGAAUCGUGGUCAUGUUGCAUAUGUCCUCGUUCUCCAUGACGGCAAUGCUGAUCGAAUUCGAGAUUCGGCUAAGGAAUGUGGGUUGGCUCGGAUCGGCGGUCAUGGGAUUUCUGUAGAUGAGUUACGGUCGAUGUUGUUUCGUGGUGGCGAGUGGAAUGGGAAUAAGAAUCAGGAAGAGGAGAUGUUGUGGUGGGUUUCUUGUUCUCCGUCUGAAUGGACGGAAUGGUUU